AUCAAUUUCAACAAUCAAACAAAUAAUUUAUUAGUGUUUACUUCUUUAAAAUAUAUUCAAAAUAAAAUGUCACAAUCACUUAACGGUUUAGUCACUUUAUUAGCUAAUGCUCAAUGCCACCUUAGAACCAGUACCAAUUGGGACGGUAACCACACCCAAGCCAAUUCAGUUUUAAACUACCAAAACAGUAAAGAUGCUAGAUUCGAUGGUUCAGAAGCCUGGUGUGCCUCAGUUGUAGAUGCCAAUCAAUUCAUUAUUGCUGGUUGUGAAAUCCCAAGAACCUUUGUUGCCAUUUCAAUUCAAGGUCGUGGUGAUGCUGACCAAUGGGUUACCUCAUACAAAAUCAGAUACACCUUAGAUAAUGUUACCUGGUCCGAUUAUAGAAAUGGUGCUGCCAUUCAAGGUAGUACUGAUCGUAAUACCGUUGUCACUCACUUCUUUGAUAGCCCAAUUAGAGCUCGUUCAGUUGCCAUUCACCCACUUACCUGGAGCGGCCAUGUUUCAUUAAGAUUUGAACUCUACACCCAACCAGCCCUUUCAACCUUCACCCAAAUUGGUCAUGUUCAAUCUGAUACCAAUGGUGCCUUAAACGCUGGUACUGGUGCUCGUGAAGUUGUUGUCCCAGUUACUUUCCCAGUUACUUUCAGCAAAGUCCCAGAAGUUUCACUUACUUUUGACUUAAUUGAUGCAACUGCUGAUGAAUCAAAACAAGUCCGUGUUGAAGUUGAAGCAAGAAAUGUCACCUCUAAAUCAUUCGAAUGUGUCUUCAAGACUUGGUGGCACUCAAAGGUCUACCUUCUCAAAGCUGAUUGGACUGCCUCAAUCAACGAAUAAACAAAUUGAAAUUUUAUAUAGUUUGUUUAAUUUUUGCAUAUUAAAUAAAAUUGUAAAUUAU